GUAGACCCUCAAACUUUGGAAGCUGGGAGCCUACCCCUGAACGGUACCACUUACAGUCAAACUGGGUUCCACCCAGAUCUCAGAGGCUUUCACUCGCUCUCUCAACGCCCACUGCCGAGCCAGCACCCCAAGACUCAAUUUCCCGGCAGGCGUCUCGAGCUACCGCAGCCCGGCCACCGUCGCCGUCGCCGCGAAACCCCGGAGUGGACUUCGGGAACUUGUGCGCGAGCGGCGCACUGGGCAUGCGCGAACGUGCUCUGGGGCCCAGCGGGUCGUGGGCUUAGGUAAAGCUGGGGCGACGAGGGCUGCUGUCCGGCUCGCUCGUCGUACUUAGGAGUCGUCGGCUGCCUCGGAUCCCCCGGCACCUGGGCCUCCUGGCGGACGCGGGGUUCCACCCUACCGCGCUGGCCCUCGCCGGCCGCAGUGACCCCGCCCCCGGGCCGAGGAUGUGAGCAGGGCCGGGCGUCUGCGCCGGGCCGGGCGCCGGCCGUGGGCGUCCGGGUCGCGCCGGGCGAUGGCCUCGCUGUUGGUGCUUCUCGCCUCCCGGGCCCAGGGCCAGUGAGGGGCCGGCGGGCGUGGACGAGAGGCCCGGCGCGGCGCCAUGGAGGGGGUGCUGUACAAGUGGACUAACUACCUGAGCGGUUGGCAGCCUCGAUGGUUCCUUCUGUGUGGAGGAAUAUUAUCCUAUUAUGAUUCUCCUGAAGAUGCCUGGAAAGGUUGCAAAGGGAGCAUCCAAAUGGCAGUCUGUGAAAUUCAAGUUCAUUCUGUAGAUAAUACCCGAAUGGACCUGAUAAUCCCUGGGGAACAGUAUUUCUACCUGAAGGCCAGAAGUGUGGCUGAGAGACAGCGGUGGCUGGUAGCCCUGGGGUCAGCAAAAGCUUGCCUGACAGACAGUAGGACUCAGAAGGAGAAAGAAUUUGCUGAAAACACUGAAAACUUGAAAACCAAAAUGUCAGAACUAAGACUCUACUGUGACCUCCUUGUUCAGCAAGUAGAUAAAACAAAAGAAGUGACCACAACUGGUGUGUCUAAUUCUGAGGAGGGAAUCGACGUGGGUACUGUGCUGAAAUCAACUUGCAAUACUUUUCUAAAGACCUUGGAAGAAUGCAUGCAGAUUGCCAAUGCAGCCUUCACCUCCGAAUUGCUUUAUCACACUCCCCCUGGAUCACCACAGCUGGCCAUGGUCAAGUCAAGCAAGAUGAAACAUCCUGUUGUACCAAUUCACAAUUCACUGGAAAGGCAAAUGGAGUUGAACAGUUGUGAAAAUGGACCUUUAAAUAUGGAAAUAAAUGGUGAUGAAGAAAUCCUAAUGAAAAACAAGAGCCCUUUAUAUUUGAAAUCUGCAGAGAUAGACUGUAGCAUAUCAAGUGAAGAAAAUACAGAGGAGAAUAUAACAGUUCAAGGUGAAAUAAUGAAGGAAGAUGGAGAAGAAAACUUGGGAAGUCAUGACAGCAACAUGGCAGAGCCUAGAUCAGACUCUUCAGAUUGCUCUCCAGAAUCCCUCUGGGAAGAAGGAAAAGAAGUCAUCCCAACUUUCUUCAGUACUAUGAACACCAGCUUUAGUGACAUUGAACUUCUGGAAGACUGUGGCAUUCCCACAGAAGCGUUUUUGGCAUCGUGUUAUGCUGUGGUUCCAGUAUUAGAUAAACUUGGCCCUACAGUAUUUGCUCCUGUUAAAAUGGAUCUUGUUGGAAAUAUUAAGAAAGUAAAUCAGAAGUAUAUAACCAACAAGGAAGAGUUUACAACCCUCCAGAAAAUAGUGCUGCACGAAGUGGAGGCAGAAGUAGCUCAGGUUAGGAACUCAGCUACUGAAGCCCUCCUGUGGCUGAAGAGAGGUCUCAAAUUUUUAAAGGGAUUUUUGACAGAAGUGAAAAAUGGUGAAAAAGAUAUCCAGACAGCCCUGAAUAACGCAUAUGGAAAAACAUUACGGCAGCAUCACGGCUGGGUAGUUCGUGGGGUUUUUGCGUUAGCCCUGAGGGCAGCUCCAUCCUAUGAAGAUUUUGUGGCUGCAUUAACCAUAAAGGAAGGUGACCACCAGAAGGAAGCUUUCAGCAUUGGGAUGCAGAGGGACCUUAGCCUUUACCUUCCUGCCAUGGAAAAGCAACUGGCCAUCCUGGACACUUUAUAUGAAGUCCACGGACUGGAGUCUGACGAGGUGGUGUGACAGCUGCAGGACAGCAUCUCCUAACUUCAGGGAAUAAAGUUUGCUAAAGUAUUGUGUUGCCCUACUUAAUUUUCAGCAACAGCUUGAGCCCUUCCCAACACCUUCCUUGGGGGAAGGGGAAGGAAGAGGCAAAACCUAGUGCUUUUCUAUAUGAUUUUGUAAAAUGUGUAUGUAUUUUAUGUAAUCAAAAAUCAAGGUGCUAUAUACUUCAGUGGGCUUACUGGAAACCAAAUCGUAGUUAUUAAAGACUUGAAUGGCAAGUAAUAAGAGCAGAUAUGACAAAUAGAUUUGUUUAUA